AUGGUUGAUGUAAUUGAAGAUAAUAAUGAGGAUAAUUAUCAUGAACUUCUUAAAAUCUUUUUAUCGUUACAAACAAAAUCACAACAAAGAAUUAUUGGUAAUAGCAAUAAUGGCAAUGGCAAUAAUAGUGGUAUUGAUCAUAGUGGUAAAAUUGAUAUUAUGAGUAUUCAAAAUCCAGUUGAACGAAGGCCAAAGGGUCGUUCCAAAUCCAAGAGGGUUAAAAGUUCCUUAGAGCAACUUAAUGUUAAAACUCAAUAUAAAUGCAAAUUAUGUAAACAAAGGGAACAUAACAGCAAGACUUCUAAAAGGAAUGAUAUUGAAGGCAAAAAUUCAAAGGCUUUAUAUAUCUGA